AUGGACAGAGUCGACCGUUACCAACCUCGAAAUAAUGAUGACCCCACCGUCCCUGUUCUGCGGGCUUUCGACACUCACCUUCCUGCAGAUGGAAGAGAGAAUUUCCUCCGGUGUCUUCGAUCUUUAGAAACGGAUCAACAACUUCAUGAUGAUGCGGAGUCCUUGAUCAACGGUCUGCUUGCCCCAAUGCGGACACUCCGGUCCAGUGGUGAGCCGUUAGCGAGAGAAUCCCGUCCGAGCGAAGAAUGUCUGAAGCGCGAUGGGUAUAAGUGUGUCAUCACCGGAGAAUUCGACCUCAGCUCGCCUAACCUAAAAGUUGGUAUAAGGAGAGCACUUACCGAGUGUGCCCAUAUCAUUCCUUUUUCGUUAGGAACAUGGAAAGACGAAAAAGACCGGAAGGCUAAAGACAUUAUCUGGGCCAACCUUGUCCACAUGUUCCUAUCUCUCGAAACCAUCAAUUUCGCCCAGGAGAAUAUCAACGACACAAGGAAUGCUAUAACCUUAGUCGGUGAACUUCAUAAGUGCUUCGGAUAUUUCGAUUUUGCAUUUGAAGGGACUAAACGACCGAACGAGUACAAAGUGGUCAGCUACGUUCCGGAUUUAGGUAGACUUGCCGAUCGCCCUAAGACAGUAACGUCGGUGUGCCAUGACCCCCAAUAUGGACUCCCAAGCCCAGAACUCUUAGAGGUACACGCAACUCUCGCCCGUAUUUUCCAUGCGUCCGGAGGACUAGGGGAGCACAUUGACCAAGCUUUCGAAGAUCUGAGAGAACACCAUAUGCUAGCUACAGACGGCAGUUCUGACAUUUCGUCCAUGUUGGCUACCAGUUCACUCGGUGUUCUGGGUUCGCACGCUGGGAACAUUGAGUAG